GCUGUUCCCGCCCCCGGCCAGUCGCCAUUUUAUUGAGAGCCCAAUUCUUGAAGGCGGAGGCUGAUUAGCGGCGUUGACAACGGUCUUUGUGGCGGUGUUCUUGCGGCUACAGGUUACAAAAUUCAGCUGCAAUGGGAAACGUUUUUGAAAAGCUGUUUAAAAGUCUGUUUGGAAAAAAAGAGAUGCGGAUUCUCAUGGUGGGUUUGGACGCAGCUGGUAAAACCACCAUCUUGUACAAGCUGAAGCUGGGAGAGAUUGUGACAACCAUCCCUACCAUAGGUUUCAAUGUGGAGACAGUAGAAUAUAAAAAUAUCAGCUUCACUGUCUGGGAUGUUGGUGGCCAGGACAAAAUCAGACCUUUGUGGCGACAUUACUUCCAGAAUACUCAAGGUCUGAUUUUUGUGGUUGACAGUAAUGACAGAGAGCGAGUCAAUGAGGCCCGGGAAGAACUAACCAGAAUGUUAGCAGAAGAUGAGCUCAGAGAUGCAGUUUUAUUGGUGUUUGUAAACAAACAGGACCUUCCCAAUGCUAUGAAUGCAGCAGAGAUCACAGACAAGCUUGGCUUACAUUCCCUUCGCCAGAGAAAUUGGUACAUUCAGGCUACUUGUGCCACCAGUGGAGAUGGACUUUACGAAGGCCUGGACUGGCUUUCCAACCAGCUUAAAAACCAGAAGUGAUCAGAAGCAAUCCAUUCCCUGUGCAUUGUGGCAAAGCCAGCUGGCCUAUCCUGUGUGCAUGUGUGCGUGUGAGGAGCCCAUGGGCUGUGCGGCUGGGAGUGGGGGCAGCUUUCUCACACCGUGCCUUAUACAUGCUAUACGAAAACCAGUAUUCCAUUUUAAGAAAACCAGUGUUACAUUUUGAAUGCUACCUUCCAUUUCACUAGCUUUGAUGGUCAUAUUUCAGAGGCUGCCUGGGUGUGAUAGCCAGAGCAUCUUCAGGCUGGAAAAGAGGAGAACUGGAGCUGGACAGGUCCCAUUGUUGGUGAUCCUGGGUCUGGCAUCUCCAUAUACCCAGAAUCCUGUUGGACUUUGGUGUCUUUUUGUAAAAAGAAAGGAAGGAACAGUCAUUCUAUUGUGCCAAAGCUAGUAGCUUACUUUUCAGUGCUUUAAAGCAAUCCUCAAGAAGAAAAGAUACUUGAUUAUUACCACAGGUGUGAAGAGGUUCAGAUUGGAACAUUUCCUUUAAGUUCUGCUUUAGCCCAGACUUCUGGUUUAGGAAUCAAUGACUUAUUUAAUUAGAGUAUCAAGAGUAUAACAUUAGAGAAGUUUCCAGCCCUUCCCUUAUUUGCCAAAUGGAGACCCUGUGAGGUCAUGGCCCUGUAGGAGGCCUGGGCUCUUUUACUGAGCCCUGUGGUCCUCAGUGGCUGGAGGUCAGCUGGAGGAAAAAAGGUGAGGUGGCUCUUGUGUUCUGGCAUCACUGUCUCAGGCCCCUGAGGUGCUGCUCCCACUUCCCUGCUCUGUACUGAAUGUUCUUUAUGUGAAGCAGAUGGCUACUCUUAGGUGGAGUUGUCACUGUGUCCAGCUGUCCCAGUCCACUGUAGACUUUUAGUUAGUAUCUGUUCCCAGAACUGCAUACUUGUGAGUUCUGAGAGUUUGUGAGAAAGUCAAGAGGUUAAUGUGAGGGAUAAAUUUCCCAGGAACCUGGUAUUCCUUGAGUUGGUGCUAAAAUUUGCUCUUCUGAAAAGCAUCUCUUACCUAGGCCACUCUCCAUGGCAUGGACUCCCUCUCCAAUAGCAGUAGUGUCUGACGAGCUGUUUGGAAAUGUGUGCUGUGUUGUCCUCCAGAUAGUGAUAGGAAGGCCCAGAGAUGAACUAGAUUCUCUGAGUCCCGAGCCCUUCUGCCCACACAACUCUUGGCCACAUUUGUACCUAAGCCUUCUACUACUCACCCUUUUAAAAUGCCUUUUAAAAAAAAAAAUCUUGAUUCCUCUGAUAGAGAAGGGGAAUAUAAGCUGAAUUUUAACAAAAGUAAACCUUGUUCAUUGGUGACAGUGAAGUUAUUCUAGGGAAAAACCACACCAUCGUAAAUGUGGGCUGCAAUGUUUUUCUUUAAAAUUUAACCUUAAAGAAUGCUCAUUACAAUACUGGCAACUAAGUCCAGAUGUGAUUUUUGACCACAGGAAUUCCUGAGAAACAUUGAAAUUGUAUGUCUCCCGUUGGCAGGGAGUCUCAUACCCUUUUGUAAUUAUUUUCCAGUGAACCUGGCCUGAUGGUAGGCCAAAGAAAACACUUGGUGAUUGGUCAGACAAUAAAGAACUUGCUUGGGAAGGA